AUGGCCUACCCGAAUCCUUACGAUCAGCCACACCAAGCUCCAUAUCAAUAUCAACCUCAGGGAGGCCAUCCUCCUGGCUAUCCCCCAUAUAACCAGCAGCCGGGUCCAUAUCCUCCUUUCCAGGGAUACCAGCCACAUGGGUACCCCCCUCAAGGAGCUCCCGGCCAAGGAAUGCCUCCCCAGCAACAUCCACAAUACAAUAUGCCACCAAACCCCCCUCCUUUUCCCCCACAACAGGCUCCAGGUCAACAAUGGCCUCAGGCAGUAUACCCCCCGCAGCAUACUGCAGGACAAUAUCCCCCACAAGCCUACAACAAUUAUCCGCCCCAAGCCCCAGCCCCGGUACCCCUUUCUCUAGGAUAUGAUCCAUUUCAGAAAGCACCCGGUGAUGCGAGCAGAGAGGCUGAUGCUCUGCGUAAGGCCAUGAAAGGCUGGGGCACCGAUGAAGCCGCUUUGAUUUCCGUCCUUACCAAACCAGAUCCGCUGCAGAUGGCGCUAAUCCGACAUACAUACACGGAGCGGAUUGGACGGAAUCUAGAAAAGGACCUCAGAUCAGAGACCUCUGGAAGCUUUGAAGAUGUACUGGUGUCCUUAGCACUAGGACCACUGGGAUCAGAUGUGACUCAUUUACGGAAAUCGUUGGCCGGGAUGGGGACAAACGAAAAGUUGCUCGAUGACAUUCUCAUUGGUCGGUCGAAUGCGGACUUGAACGCCAUCAAGAAGGCCUAUACAGACAAGUAUCAGAAAUCAUUGACAGACGAUAUCAAAGGUGAUUUAUCGGGAAAGACGGAGAGGUUUUUUGUUAUGCUACUUGACGCGAGGAGGCCAGAAAACUCAGCGUAUUUUGACUCACAGUCAGUCGAUGCCGAUGUGCGGGAACUCCACCGUGCUAUGGAGGGACAAGUGGGAACAGAUGAAGUUGCUGUGUCGGCUGUUUUUCUCGGGGCCUCCGAUGCCAAGCUGUGUGCCAUCAGUCGGGUAUACGAAGAACGCUAUCACAUCGGCUUGGACAAAGUGCUGGACAAGGAGUUCUCGGGCCAUCUACAUAAUGCUCUCGUUUCUAUUCUACGGAGGGCACGAGAUCCCUUUCAGUAUGAUGUGGAGAUGCUGGCAAGCUGCUGUACCGAAUCCUCAUGUGAUACGGAUAGGUUGAUAUACUGGAUGGUGAGACUGCAUUGGGAUCCCAUGCGUUUCCAAGCAGUCAAGCAGGCGUUAAUGCAGCAACGGCGGCUGAAUUGCGGGACAGUUCUGAAGAAGUUCUACACUGGGGACUUUUUAAAGACCAUGCUAAGUCUGUGGGAGCAACGGUGA